GAAUCACGAAACACUUCCGAGGCUUGCUGUCCUCCCUGUGUCCAGGAUUCAAAUGUAAAAUUUCUAACGCCAGGCCCGACUCAUGGAAGGCACUCCACACAGGUUGGCUCUGUUUCUCACGGGUCUGUUUGUUCCUCCCCAGGGCCGCUCUCAUCCUGUGAGCUGAAGUUGGGCACUUACUGUGCUCCCACAAACUGGCCCAAAUUUUUCUGCCACAUUGACUUUGCCCGUCCGAGCUUCCACUGCGAGCAGAACCUUGAUAUUGCCCGGAACAUGCUUCCCUAAGAGCAAACGCAUGCUCCCCCAAACAAGGAAGAGACCAAUUUCAGUGCCAGGAAGAUGCCAGCCGGGUUUGGCUAGGCUGUGACAAGGUCAUUUCCCAUACAUUGGCCUGUGUUGCACGGAUGGAGACUGAACCGUCCUCUGAGAAAUUCACACAUCUCCCCAAAGGUUUAAGGGGCUUGAAGAAGAAACAUCGGCCACCAAAGGACCAUAAGAAUGAGUGACAAUACUACUUUGGUUCCUCCAGCUUCAAACCAGGGUCCCACCACCCCACGCAAAGGGCCCCCAAAAUUCAAGCAGAGGCAGACUCGCCAAUUCAAGAGCAAGCCUCCUAAGAAAGGUGUGAAAGGGUUUGGAGAUGACAUUCCAGGCAUGGAAGGGCUGGGGACAGAUAUUACAGUGAUUUGCCCUUGGGAGGCAUUCAGCCACCUGGAGUUGCAUGAGCUCGCUCAGUUUGGGAUCAUCUGAGGCACUCUCAACAGCAUCUGCUAUAACUUUGAUUUCUUUUUCCCUAUUGAGUCUUGAAAUGCAGUCUUGUUCAGAAGUGGUUCCUUUUUCCUAUGCAGUCAUUUCCUAUAAGUUUCUACUAAGAGUUCUAGUGUCAGACUCUCUCAUAGAGUACAGUUUAGCUCAGAAUAGUGGGGAAACAUCAACUUUUGUUAGGGCAUUUCAAACCUGACUACAUUUUCCUAUCAGCUGUGUGAAGUCAUAAAUAUUUCUCUAAAUAUUUGUUUGUUACGUCCUUCAAAUCUAUUUUUGCUGGGCAUUCUUUAUGAUUAGUAAGUAAUAGGCUUCUAAAAUAACAUUUAUGUCACUCACCUCCCCUUCUCAUUUAAUAAAGAAAAUAUUUACUUUGA